CAGUCAUAGCGAAAUGACUAAGGGUACGUCCAGCUUUGGAAAGAGGCACAAUAAGACCCACACUUUCUGUCGAAGGUGUGGGCACAGAUCCUUUCACAUUCAGAAAAAAAUGUGUGCAAGGUGUGGCUACCCAAGUCCCCGUCAGAGGCAUUACAACUGGUCUAAGAAAGCCCAGAGAAGGAAGACUACUGGCACUGGAAGGAUGAGGCACAUGAAGGUCGUUUUCAGACGGUUCAGAAACGGUUUCCGUGAGGGAACUGUGCCCAAACCUAGAAACAAGGCAGCAGCCCCGGCCUCUUCAGCUGUUGCAACAAAAUAAAUUAAAGGUGUAAAGUGAUCGUCU